AUGACGUUCGAGCUCACGCCGCAAAUCAUCGACUGGAUGGUGGCGAACACGGACGUCUCGAGCCAAAGCACGGGCGCCCAGCCCGUCCUCCAGGUCCUCGAGGUCCGGGAGAUGAAGCCCGCGAGCAGCGGCAGCCCCCCGCGCUGGACCAUGCAGCUCUCGGACGGCACGAGCUCCGCCCGCGGCGUCGUCGCCGCCCAGAUCGUCGAGAAGGUACACAACCAGGAACUCAGUAAGUUCUCGGUCAUCAAGCUGACGAACUGGAUGAUCAACAACCUCAAGGGCAAGCUGAUGAUCAUCGUGGUCGGGUGCGAGUACGUCGGCAACCCGGGCCACCAGAUCGGCAGCCCGCAGCCCGUACGGGAGCUUGGUGCCGGCGCCCCCGCACCUGCCCCCGCACCCGCCCACGGCGGCUACGGGCAGCCCGCUGGCGGGCCCGGCGGCUACGGGCAGCCCGUUGGCGGGCCUGGAGGCUACGGUCAGAGCGCAGACUUCGGCGCGCAGCCGCAGAAGUUCCAGAAGACGGGCUCCGGUCCGACGGCGCGGCUGGACCCGACGGUGCGCAUCAUGCCGAUCAAGAACCUGAACCCGUACCAGAACCGCUGGACCAUCAAGGCGCGCGUCACCAGCAAGUCGGACAUCCGGCGGUUUCACAACGCGCGCGGAGAGGGCAAGCUCUUCUCGUUCGACCUCCUCGACGAGCAGAGCGGCGAGAUCCGCGUCACCGCCUUCGGGGAGCAGGUCGACAAGCACUUCGACACCGUCCAGGUCGGGAGCAUCUACCGGCUGUCGAAGGCGAGCCUGAAGCCCGCGAAGAAGCAGUUCAACCACCUCAACAACGACUACGAGAUUUCGCUGGAGCGCGACUCGGUCGUGGAGCUGUGCCCCAACGAGGACGGCGCGGCGAUCCCGGAGAUCUCGUUCAACUUCAAGCCCAUCGCGAGCCUCGCCGACGUGCCCGCCGGCGACGUCGUGGACGUCGUCGGCGUCGUGGAGGCCGCAAUGCCCGCGACGCAGAUCACGCGGCGCGACGGGUCGCCGGCGGACAAGCGCUCGAUGACGAUCAAGGACUCCUCGGGCGCGUCGAUCGAGCUCACGCUGUGGGGCAAGUUCGUGGAGACCCCGGGGGGACAGAUCGAGGCGGACGUCAGCUCCGGCGCGCGCCCCGUGGUGGCCAUCAAGGCCGUCAGGGUCGGGGACUUCAACGGCAAGAACCUGUCCACGAUCGGCUCGUCGAACAUCCUCCUCAACCCGGAGAACGAGCCCGCCGCGCAGGCGCUCCGCGUGUGGUACGACCAGGGCGGCAGCGCUGCCGCGGCGACCGCGCUGUCCGGCGCCGGCGGCCGCAUGGGCGCGUCCGGCACGGGCAAGGGCCGCUGCGACCUCGCGAUGCUCCAGGAGGAGCGCUACGGCACGAACGUUCCGGGCGGCCGGGCCGAGUUCGUCACCGUCAACGCCAUUGUCAACUUCAUCCGCAGCGAGAACAUGAUGUACGCGGCGUGCCCGCAGCUCCGCAACGGCCGCCCCUGCAACAAGAAGGUCACGCCGAACGACGAGACCGAGGGCAGCUACUACUGCGAGGCGUGCCAGGCGGCGUGCACGCCGUGCUGGCGCUACAUCCUCGGGCUCUCGAUCGCUGACCACACGGGCCUGCAGUGGGUCACCGCGUUCCAGGAGUCCGCGGUCGGCCUCCUCGGCGUCGAGGCCGGCGACCUGCGCGUCCUCGAGCAGGAGGACCCCGACCGCCACGCCGCGGCACUGCGCGCCGCCUCGUUCCAGAAGCUGCGCUUCAAGCUCAAGUGCAAGCUCGACGAGUACCAGGGCGAGCAGAAGCAGAGGGUCGAGGUGUUCUCCGCGGACCCCGUCGACUGGGUGAAGGACGCCAAGGAGUACAUCGAGUUCAUUCGUCGCGCGGAGGCCGGCGAGAAGGUGUUUUUGGGGCCGACGCCGCCCGGGGGACAGGGCGCGGGCCGCGGGUCGCUCGGCGGCAGCGGCGGCGGGCGGUACUCGGCGGGGGCCGGCGGGUACGGCGGCGCGCCGGCGGCGGGCGGCGGCGGGAUGUAUGGCGGCGGCGGCGGAGGGUACGGCGCCCCGCAGGCGCAGACGUACGGGCAGCCGGCGGGCGUGGGCGCGGGGAUGGGUAACCCGCUGUGGUAG